UCCACAAUCCCAUAGUUCAUCUCGCACGGCUCACCCAACCCCAAAUGGAAAGAGAUAUUCUGUCUCUAACAGGUCAUGUUGACGGCGGCUUCAGGCCGUAUGCGCCAUCGCUUCUGAACCUUGUUGGCUUUUCCAUUAGCAACUGCAUUGGUUCUGAAAAAUAUCAAACCCAACGCUGCAUCUAUAAAAUUUAUGCGACCAGGAUGUCUCCUCGGAGCAGCUACCUUCCAACCAAUCAAAUGGAUUGUGCUGACCAGGGAGUGUCUCAGAAGGAUUGCCCGGCAUAGCUGGUGCAUAUGUACCUAAAAAAUAGCUGCGAGCUAAGGAGGUUCCCCAGAAUUGCGCCAUCGAUCUUAUCACUAC